AUGGGGCCGCCCCCUCCAGGGACGUCAUCACAAACCAGGAACCCGCUUCUGUGUGACGUCAUAAAGCCCGUUCCGCAUCAUGACGUCACAGUGCGCGUAGUCCCGCCCCCUCGCUUUCUCCCUCGGCUCCUCCGUCCGCUCCCGUCGGGCGGGGACAUUGCGAUGAGGCGGGAUCGCGGCCCUAAGCCGGCCCUGGGUGGAGCUGGCGAGGUGGAACCAGGUGGGAUGGCAGCCUCUCCCACGGGCCGUCCCAGACGGCUCCAACGCUACCUCCAGAGCGGCGAAUUCGACCAGUUUCGGGACUUCCCCAUCUUUGAGAGCAACUUCGUGCAGGUGACUCGGUUGGGAGAAGUUGCCAACAAGGUCACCAUGGGGGUGGCAGCCUCCAGUCCAGCCCUGGAGCUCCCGGACCUAUUGCUUCUGGCCGGCCCUGCCAAGGAGAACGGACACCUGCAACUCUUCGGGCUGUUCCCCUUGAAGUUCGUCCAGCUCUUUGUCCACGACAAAAGCCGGUGUCAGCUCAAGGUCAAGUUGAACACCAGCCGCACCUUCUACUUGCAGCUGCGUGCCCCACUCAAAACCCAAGACCGAGAGUUCGGCCAGUGGGUGCGGCUGCUCUACCGCCUGCACUUCCUCUCCGCUUCCGCCGUGCCCUUCACGCAGGAGUAAGAGGUGCUGGAGGAUGAAGAUGAGGAGGGUGAUGAUGAUGAGGUGGAGGCCCAGAGGGAGUGGGAGGAGGUGAGGAGAGGGGGGAAGCGCAGUGGGGCAGCAGAGGGCAGGGGGGAGGUGUCUGAGGACUCCCAGGUCUAAGAGAGGAGAGAGCUUGGGGCCUGGACUCCUGGGUCUGAGGGAGGAGGGGCUGGGGGCCUGGACUCCUGGGUCUGAGGGAGGAGGGGCUGGGGCCUGGACUCCUGGGUCUGAGGGAGGAGGGGCUGGGGCCUGGACUCCUGGGUCUGAGGGAGGAGGGGCUGGGGCCUAGACUCCUGGGUCUGAGGGAGGAGGGGCUGGGGUCUGCACUCUUGGGUCUGAGGGAGGAGGGGCUGGGACCUGGACUCCUGGGUCUGAGGGAAGAGGGGCUGGGGUCUGCACUCUUGGGUCUGAGGGAGGAGGGGCUGGGACCUGGACUCCUGGGUCUGGAAGUAGAGGUGACCCAGGGAUAUGGGGGUCUGUGGGUAGAAGCCAGCAGUCUCUCCAGGGCCUUGGCACCCCUGGCCCAGGGGGCUGUCGUAUCCUACUUGGGAACACACACAGCCAACCCACACCCAUGCCCCAGCCCCUCUCCCCGUGACAUACCAGAGUGGGGUCUAGAGAGGGACAACCUGUGCCCUGAAGGAGUGGGGUCAGCCAGGCCCAAUGUCCAGUUCUCUAUAGGGCCUUGGGGGUCAAGGUGGAGCAGGGGAUGAUGCCAGUUUUAGAAGCUGGGGGCACUGGAAUCUGUGCCCCCUAAGACACCUGGCUUCCCCUGCCAUUCCAGUAAGUGCAAAGUCCCUCCCCGCCCCCUCACUCCCUAACUGCAGGCCAAGGCCUCUGAAACGAACUCUCUCUCCCCAGCCCCAAGGUGUGGAAGCCAGACUUGACCCCAGGACCUCUGAACUCUGGGGACUCUGAGUCUUCCAGCAUCCUUCAAGGUCACCGAAUGACCAGAGAUCAAAGUACCUGGCCUCAGGGCUGGGCAGAUGAGAUAUUAAAGUUAAUAAAGGUCAAUCUGUUAAGAACCAACAA